GUUCCUCCCACGCGCGCAUGCGCAUAAGCUCCUGGGCGACUUCACCAGUCGGAAGAGAACGCCGCGACCAAAUACGUUCCAGGCGCUGAGCGCGCUCCGGAGCCGCGCACGCGCAACCUGCACGGCUGAAGCCCAAUGAAGGAGGAAAUUCCAUCUGCAGAGCUUAGCUCCUAUUGGAGCGGAGAAAGAUCAGGGGUGGAGCGCCUUACCCGGCGCCUGCGUCUUGCGGGCGAGCGCGCUAGCGGUCGGCGGCGUUGCUGGCGGGAGAGACUGCAACGCCGAUGUCUGAGGAGAGAUGCCGAGAGAAAUCAUCACCCUACAGUUGGGCCAGUGCGGCAAUCAGAUUGGGUUCGAGUUCUGGAAACAGCUUUGUGCUGAGCAUGGCAUCAGUCCCGAGGGCAUCGUAGAGGAGUUCGCCACCGAGGGCACUGACCGAAAGGACGUCUUUUUCUACCAGGCAGAUGAUGAGCAUUACAUCCCUCGGGCUGUGCUGCUGGACCUGGAGCCCCGGGUGAUCCAUUCCAUCCUCAACUCCUCCUAUGCCAAGCUCUACAACCCAGAGAACAUCUACCUGUCUGAGCAUGGAGGAGGAGCUGGCAACAACUGGGCCAGCGGAUUCUCCCAGGGAGAAAAAAUCCAUGAGGACAUUUUUGACAUCAUAGACCGGGAGGCAGACGGCAGUGACAGUCUAGAGGGAUUUGUACUGUGUCACUCCAUUGCUGGGGGAACAGGCUCUGGCUUGGGCUCCUACCUCUUGGAACGGCUAAAUGACAGGUACCCCAAAAAACUAGUGCAAACAUACUCCGUGUUCCCCAACCAGGACGAGAUGAGUGACGUGGUGGUCCAGCCCUACAACUCCCUCCUCACGUUAAAGAGGCUGACCCAGAAUGCAGACUGCGUGGUGGUGCUGGACAAUACAGCCCUGAACCUGAUCGCCACAGACCGCCUGCACAUCCAGAACCCAUCCUUCUCCCAGAUCAACCAGCUAGUGACUCCCUCCGCCCCGUCUGCCCCUAGUUCUGUGUCCUGCGCUGGAUGCCAUUCUGAAGCCCUCCUUCUGUCCAACUGUCUUUUUGAACGGACCUGUCGCCAGUUUGACAAGCUGAGGAAACGGGAGGCCUUCAUGGAGCAGUUCCGCAAGGAGGACAUCUUCAAGGACAACUUUGACGAGAUGGACACCUCCAGGGAGAUUGUGCAGCAGCUCAUUGACGAGUACCAUGCGGCCACACGGCCAGACUACAUCUCCUGGGGGACCCAGGAGCAAUGAGUUGCCCAGGACAGGGACCCUUAUCUGCCUUACUGGUUAGUCCAGGCCCUGCCUGGCUGACUACCCCUCAGAGCACAGAUCAGGGACCUCACAAAUCACUUGCAUACAUAUGCACUGUCUGUUGGCUUGGAGGUGGGUUUAUUUCUUCUCUGAAAGUAUUUAUCUUUAAUAAAGCACUGGAUGUAAAUCAAGU